GGCUUGGGCCUGCAAGAUGGGCGGGAGGGGGGAGAGCCGUUAGAUGCGAACGGGGCGUCCUCAGCGCGCCUGAGUUGUCGCGGUGGCGGUUGUCAUGGCAGCGGCGGCCGGGUCCGGAGGAGGCGAAACGGCCUCCUCUGCAGACGAAGGCGGAGGGGGCCGGGGGAGCCCCCCCGGCUCGGACCCACGACGCCUGGGGCCGGGGGGGCGAGAGGAAGAGGAGGCGCCGAGGCAAGGCAGCGCGGGAGGCCUGGGCAGCCAGAGCCGCCCGUCCUCGUCGCCGCCUUCUCGCGAGGCUGAAGUCACCGUGGAGAUCGGAGAGACCUACCUGUGUCGGCGAGGGGACGGAACGUGGCAUUCUGCAGAGGUGAUUCAGUCUCGUCUCAACGAACAAGAAGCCAGAGAGGAAUUUUAUGUUCACUAUGUAGGAUUCAACCGACGUCUGGAUGAGUGGGUGGAUAAGAACCGCCUGGCCCUCACCAAGACAGUCAAAGAUGCCGUGCAGAAGAACACCGAUCAAUACAUGAACGAACUUUCUGAGCAGCCCGAGCGCAAGAUCACGCGCAAUCAGAAGCGCAAACAUGAUGAAAUCAACCAUGUCCAAAAGACGUAUGCUGAGAUGGAUCCUACCACAGCAGCUUUGGAGAAGGAACAUGAAGCAAUCACCAAAGUGAAAUAUGUGGACAAAAUCCAUAUUGGGAACUAUGAGAUUGACGCUUGGUAUUUCUCACCAUUCCCAGAAGACUACGGGAAGCAGCCCAAGCUGUGGAUCUGCGAAUACUGCCUCAAGUAUAUGAAGUUUGAGAAGACUUACCGCUAUCACCUUGGCCAGUGUGAGUGGCGACAACCACCAGGGAAAGAAAUCUACCGCAAAAACAACAUCUCAGUAUAUGAGGUGGAUGGCAAAGAUCACAAGAUUUAUUGCCAGAAUUUGUGUCUUUUGGCCAAACUAUUCCUGGAUCAUAAGACCCUCUACUUUGACGUGGAGCCCUUUGUCUUCUACAUCCUUACUGAGGUGGACAGGCAAGGAGCCCAUAUCGUUGGCUACUUUUCCAAGGAAAAGGAAUCCCCAGAUGGGAAUAAUGUCGCUUGUAUUCUAACCUUGCCCCCUUACCAGAGACGGGGCUAUGGGAAAUUCCUCAUUGCAUUCAGCUAUGAGCUCUCCAAACUUGAAAGCACAGUGGGAUCCCCCGAGAAGCCCCUUUCGGACCUCGGCAAGCUGAGCUACCGCAGCUAUUGGUCAUGGGUGUUACUAGAGAUCCUUCGGGAUUUCCGAGGCACCCUUUCCAUCAAGGAUCUCAGCCAGAUGACGAGCAUCACGCAGAAUGACAUCAUCAGCACCUUGCAGUCCCUGAACAUGGUCAAGUAUUGGAAGGGGCAGCAUGUCAUCUGCGUCACUCCCAAGUUGGUGGAGGAACAUCUCAAAAGCGCUCAGUAUAAGAAGCCGCCUAUCACAGUGGAUUCUCUCUGCCUGAGAUGGGCACCUCCUAAACACAAGCAAGCCAAGAUUUCCAAGAAGUGAAGGAAAAACUGACUUGAAAAAUGGAAAGGGUUUGGCUUCACAUCUGCUUUUUUUUAUUUUGGAAGACGUUCACUAAUUUAACAUUGCUGUCAGUCUUGUACUGAAAAGGCAUACAUGGAACAGGUAGCUUGGGGUUAUGAGAAACACCUGAAAACAGGUGGGUUCAUUUGAAUGAAGACUACUUAUUUUAUCCCCCUUUUUUUCUGUUGCUCGAUACAGAACUUUCUUUUUUUCUUUCUUUCUUUCUAAACUUGGUGUCUUCUCUAAGUCGGAACUGGUAUCUUCAUUCAUAUCAUAAAAAGAGCAGAUAAAUCAUUUUAUUAUUUCGAAUUGACAGUUCUAACUGACUUCGGGAUGUUACCAAUCCCAGAAUCAAGCGGGUCAUUCAGUAUGGCAGAACUGUGGCAGAACGAGACCUGAGCAGUAAAUAAAUGCAGGGAUUGGCUAUUUGGAGAGCACAUAGUCAACAAAAGUUGGGAAGCCGUGAUUACUAUCAGUAAUAGGAAAACUAGAUUAUUGAUUAUCAUAAGAAGGAAGAUUGACGUCUCCAAAAGAGAUCUCCAACUUAUUGAAAUAUGAAACAAUCAGCCUUGCUCAACAUUUUGAAGAGAAAAAAAAUCUGUGUCUUCUGUAAUUCUUGAGAAAAUGGUCCCUCUUGGUAGAUCUGUUGUCGCUCUCCAUAUCUUCAAAGGGAGGCAAGUUUGUACAUUCUAUCAAAGCUCAUACAUGUUCUUAGUUAUGCUAGAUAAGUAGCUUGAAUCCUUCCACUGUCCCACGGCUGUUAGCAAAGUGGGAAAAGAGGGAGAGAAUGUUUUCAAGUAGUAUCACUUGCUCCACAGUCAACAUUUAAGGUCAGUGCUGACAAAAAUAUAAGAUGUAUUAGAGUUACAAUGCUUGGUAACCCGUAGCACGAGAGUCAGGAUUUGGGUGUUAAAGACUCAGGAAAGUGGAAAUAGGCACAUAUAAAAGUCUGAUGUCACUUCCGAGGCUGUUCCAUAGUGCAGUGUUGGCUUCUAUGAUGUAACUAAAAGGAAUUUACCAAUUCCUUUUACAGUGCCUCAAAGUAAAUGGUUCUUUCUUGGAACAAAACGCUGAACAAGAGCAGCGGGGGGGGGGGAAACAUGCUUUUAAACUUAGCUGCCCUUCUAAAACACAGCCUUUACUCAGACGAAUGGACGAACUCCGGAUUGGAGAAAACUGACUACAAGGCUAUGGUGGAAUUACUUGAUAUUUCCCCUUCCAUGGCAUGAACCGCGUUUGGUGGUGAUCAACUGAGGAGGGACUUUGCCAAAAGAUCAGAAGUCUCUUGAAGCGAUCAAGUGGACCGAAGAGAAAAACCUGUCGCUAUUUGCACCACCGGUUUCCGCUGAGGUCCUUGCAUACUUUCGUUGUUUUGGGGGAGAGUGAUUUGGGGAGGGACCCUGAGGCUUGUGGUGGAUGUCUUGGGUAGGAACAUCUAUUCACAGAGUUGCUGUAGUUUUUAAUGUGUAUACCAUAUAUAUAUAGUGUGUUCUGCUUAAGAAAUAUUUUAAUAAAAAAAAAACAUAACACAA